UAUAGGUAGCCAGCUAAUUCCGAAACCCGCAGCUAUCCUACCUUUUUUCAAUGAAGGCGAUCCUCGAUUGCUGAAGAAAGAAGAUUAUUUUCGAUGGAGGUUUUAGAUAUCCACGGUCGAAAUGUCUAUAGUAACAGCCAGAGCACUCAGCCAGAGCACUCAGCCAGAAUGGCCUCGGCCUCAUGCGUAUGACACCGCACAGCGGAGCGGUACCAGACGAGGAGACAUUCGCUGUGCUGAAGGCCGCGCUCGCAGCAGGCGUAAACGUAUGGGGUGGGGCCGAUUUCUAUGGCACAUCAGAACGCAGCUCACUACACUUGCUAGCACGCUACUUCACUCAGUAUCCUGAGGACGCUGAUAAAGUAGUAAUCUGCAUCAAGAGUGGCAUCGUCGACAUGCGUACUCUGAACAUGGACGGAUCCCCCGAUGGCAUACGCCGCAUGUUGGCCAAUGCCAAUUCUACCCUUGGCGGCCGCAAGAAGAUCGACGUCUUUGGUAUUGCUCGCGUCGAUCCUAAAACCCCUAUCGAAGAGUCUGUGCGCGCUCUCGCCGAAUUGAAGGCGGCAGGGGAGAUCGGAGGUAUCUUGUUGAGUGAAGUUGGCGCGAACACUAUUCGCCGUGCUGCUUCUGUGGCCCAGAUCGAUAUGGUGGAACAGGAAGUUAGCCUAUGGGCGACAGGCAUCUUCGAAAACGGCGUGGCAACAACAUGCGGCGAGCUAGGCAUCCCGAUCGUUGCGCACACGCCAAUUGGCGCCGGUAUGCUUACGGGGCGGAUUAAGAGCAUCGACGACCUACCUCACGGGUCCUACUUACGCAUGUUCCCACGAUUCCAACCCGAGAACUUCCAAAAGAACCUCGCCCUCGUCUCAGAGAUAGAGAAGCUAGCCAAAGCUAAAGGUGUCUCACCUGCUCAACUCGCCUUGUCAUGGCUAAAGCUUCAAAGCAAGAAACCCGGAAUGCCCCUAAUCAUUCCCAUUGCAGGUGCGAGCUCUGAGGCUAGGGUUAAGGAGAAUGCCGCUAUUAUAGAUCUAUCGGACGACGAUCUAAAGGCUAUCACGGGCACUUUGGAGAGCUUUCCUGUUGCUGGAGAUAGAUAUCCCGCCGCAGCGAUGAAGCUCGUUGGGGUAUAAUCGAUUUUAGGGACUCAAAGGGGUUCGAUACUCCUCUCGGUCGAUGGUGUGGUGGAGGUGCUUAUGGGUAGCACUAAGUCCAAGUGUAUACUACACGUGCGACUGAUCCUGGGCUGGUCAGAACUGAAUGAUCGGGGGGGCGCACCUUAUAUCUAUAUCUAGAUUUUGGUAACCGCAAUCUGAUGAUCGUUCUCUGCUGCCUGUAAGUCGUUCCUGAUAACUGUUAUUAAGCGUUUGGAUGAUCACAGGGCAGGCUCGAAGUCUUAUCUAAGCUCAUCUCGAUAUGAUUAUGUAACGUAGGAAAAGGGGGUAGAUGACGUAUACGGUUACACCAAAAAUAGGGGCUACGACCAUACAAAAGGAAUCACGCCACAUUUCAAAAGACCAGGAACUAUUUCCGCCUCUAAUCAAAGAAGUGACGAUAUUCAAUGAAAUAAAAUUCAGUCUGGUUAGGAGUCCGGCAUAAAUG